CCAAAUAAAAGAAGAAAAAAACAAAUCAAAAUGUCGAAUCCAUUUCUAUUUGACGACGAAGCUGAGCCAACAAAUGAACCGGCAGCAGCAGCAACACCAAAUCCAUUUUUAUUGAGUAACGAACCAGCCGAUGAAGCAGAAGAUACCGAUAAUCCAUUUUUAAGCGAGGCUAUUAAUCCAUUUGCAUUUGAUGCCGUUGAACCGACUACCGUGCUUAAUAUUGCAGACGUGCCAAAUGUGACUGAGUCAACAGCGGUCGAUAAGGCGAUGAGCUUUUUUGGUACGACUAUCACCGAGGACGAAGAUCAUGUUCAAACUCUUUUGGAACCAACACAAACGCCAUUCGUUAUGAAUGAACCGGUUGAUGGUGUGAAAAAACCACCGCCACGACCAACGCCACCAAAUCCAACAACUCAAGAUUUAAUUUCAUCGGUUGCCGAUCAUUUAGAUCAAACUAGCACUCAUUUGCUUGAUCGAAUUCCCAAAACAAGAACACCGUCACCGGUUUCAAUGCGUGAUUUGCAUACUCCAAGUCCAACGCCUGACACUGCAAAUCUACUUAUGGACGAUAUUUUAGAAUCAGACAAUAGCAGCAUUUUGCGAAAUGAUAAUCCAUUUGCUGAUGUUGACGAUGAACCUGCUUUUGAAGUUGCUCAAAAGAUGCCACCAGUACGGCCAGUACCGCCUCGGCCAUCGCCACUCGAGCAAAAGGUUGUAGAUGUGCCAGCGCAACCAGACAAUGAAGCCGAUUUGUUUGAUUUUGGAACGAAUACAGCGCCAAAACCACAAGUACCAAAAUCAAAUCAAGAUAUUUUGAGUUUAUUUUCACCACCAAAAGCGGAACCACAAAAACCCGAUCUACUUAUGUCUGAUAUAUUGAUGAUGAGCAACAUUCAACCAAUUCAGUCGAAUUUAGCAACCGCAGUGAUAACAAAUGCAGCGCCGAUUCCUCCAUCUCCAGUUGCUGCCGUUAUUAGUGUCGCACCAAUUAGCGCUCCGAUUCCCGUUGCGCCAAUUGUAAAUGCGACACCAGCACCUCCACCAGCUCGGCCAGCACCGCCACAAAGACCAGCCGCACCGCCUCAGCGGCCUGCACCACCGGCUGUACCCAAACCACCUGUUAUUGAACCAGUCGCAAAACCAAUACCAAAUCCACCUUCGGUUGAAGAUAUUCCGCAUGUCAUAGAGAAUAAACAACCUGAACAAGUUGAUAGCACACCGAUUUCAUCGAUAAAAAUUAACGAUGAACCAUACAAUGGUGUGCAUGAUAUCGAUAAAUCGGAAUCAAUUUCAGAUAAUAGCAGUGCUGUUGAUUCAUCAAAUCGAUCACCAGGAAUUUCAACGCCAUUCUAUUCACCCGGUCCGGAUGCACAGUACUUGGAUCGAGGCCAAACACCGGUUGAUCAUCAGUUGAACAGUGCAAAACAAGACAUAAUCAAUACGUACAUAAAUGAAACAUCAGCGUAUGAUGUAUCGCCUGCGUCGAAUCCAUUCGGUUCGCCUGAAAGUGCGGUCACUCCACAACAGAUUGUACAACCAGCUCAAACGGAUUUCCCACAAAAUGAUGAAUUCGAUGCGUUCGCAGCAAAAUUCGAUUCAGUGAAAAAGGAUGACGGAUUACUCGACGGCUUUGGAGUUUCAAGCGGUUACAAAUCACCGGCUCCAAGCGAUGCUUGGGGAGCUAAUGAUUUUGUUACACCCGGCGAAUCAUCUGGUUUCGAUGCCGAUGAAGGUUUUGACUCAUUUUUAGCAAUGCAAGCACCACCUGAAGAUGAAACAACGAAGACAGGUUUGGUACCACCACAAUCACGUGGAUCUCAAGGCAGCUCUAUUUAUGCUGAAGAUCGAAGUGAACGCAGUUUACCGUUGUCGGAUGAAAAUAAAAUGCACCGAACUGAGUCACAGGAAUCACCAUCAACACCACUAUUCGAUGACGAUGUAUCGCAGCCGCUGGAAGAUUUUCCACGCAUCACGUACACGGGCAGCGGUUGGGAGAUGUUUUUGCGACAGCCAAAUAAAAAGAAAUUCACAGCUCAACGAUUUUGGAAGAAAGUUUUUGUGCGUAUGAUCUUCCAAAAUGAUACGCCAGUCAUUCAAAUGUUCAAUACCGCCAAGGAUAAAGAACCAUUUCAAGAGCUUCCACUGCAAGGAUGUUAUUCAGUCAGUGAUAUCAGUGCACAACCAUUCGAUCAAUUUGGUAAAAUAUUCACGAUAAAAUUGCAAUACAUUUUGUACAAAGAACGGCCUGGUGUCAGACCCGGACAAGUGACCAAAGCCGAACGAAUUACAAAUAAACUGAGCCAAUUUGCUGCUUAUGCAAUUCAAGGCGAUUAUCAAGGUGUUAAGGAGUUUGGCAGUGAUUUGAAGAAAUUAGGUUUACCCGUUGAACAUCAUCCCCAUGUCAGCGAACUAUUUAAAAUCGGUAGCGCAAACUAUGAAGAUGUUAAACAAUUUUCAGUACUAGUGGAAGAGCAAUUUUUUAAAUUCAAUGUACAUCGUGAUCGUGCACUCACCUAUAAAUUCGAAGAAGUUCAAGUGACGGCCGUCGAUGAAUUUUAUGCAGAACAAACCAUCGACGGAACCAUAACACGUCAAAUAGCUCGGGUUCGUUUAUUCUUUUUGGCAUUUUUAAAUGGUAUGCCAACCAUUGAAUUGGGUGUGAAUGAUAUGUGGCGACAAGGUAAAGAAGUUGUUGGUCGACAUGAUAUUAUACCGGUUGCCACCGAAGAAUGGAUUCGAUUGGAAGGGGUUGAGUUUCAUGCAUGCGUUCAACAAAAUGAAUACGAACGCAGCCGUUUGAUUCGAUUCCAACCGCCAGACGCUUGUUAUAUCGAAUUAAUGCGUUUCCGUGUUCGACCACCGAAAAAUCGCGAAAUGCCGUUGCAAGUGAAAGCUGUAUGGUGUGUCACUGGCAAAAGAGUUGAGCUACGUGUUGACGUUCUUGUUCCUGGCGUUACAUCAAGAAAACUGGGCCAAAUUCCUUGCGAAGAUGUCUCGAUACGAUUCCCAAUACCAGAAUGUUGGAUUUAUUUGUUCCGCGUAGAAAAACAUUUUAGAUAUGGUUCAGUAAAAUCGGCACAUCGUCGAACUGGAAAAAUCAAAGGUAUCGAACGAAUUUUGGGAACCGUAGACCAAUUGCAAGAAUCAUUAAUCGAAGUAACAUCAGGACAAGCCAAAUAUGAACAUCAUCAUCGUUCUAUUGUGUGGAGAUGCCCAAAACUACCAAAAGAUGGUCAAGGUGCAUAUACUACACACCAAAUGGUUGUUCGUAUGGCGUUAACGAGCUAUGAUCAAAUACCCGAUAAAUUGGCCGAACAUUGUUUUGUAGAGUAUACAAUGCCACAAACAGUUGUGUCACACACAACAAUUCGUUCGGUUAGCGUUCAAGAUUCAGACAGUGACGAUCCACCAGAGAAAUACGUUCGAUAUUUAUCCCGUUAUGAAUACCAGGUUGGUAUCGAAUACACCCAGGGCCAAGAACAAAAUGCGUAUCUUGCGGCAACUUAUACGAAAAAGGAAACGCCAGAAACGGUGCCAGAAGAGAAAAAGGUGCCACCAACGGUGCCUGAGGGUGGUAGUGAUUCUGAUUCAGACUCAAACUAAAUUGGUUAAUGAAAACCACCUGGCAUUCAUUAUUAUAAAUACCAUGACCAUGAAUUCUCUAUCACAAUCAUAAUAGUCUAAAACAAAAGCAGCAAGAAAAACCAAAAAAAAAAAAAAAUAACAAA